AUGUCCAUUGCUCAACAACUCGUCGAUAUGGGAUUCCCAGCUGAUAAAGCUGAAGCAGCAGCAGGAAACAACAGAAAUCUGGAUCAGGCACUCGAUUGGAUCGAGAAAGAUGGAGCCGGUGUCCCAAUGGAAACUGAGAAUCCAGCCUCCGGUACAGACGGAAGUUCGGCAAUGGUAGAUGAGGAGAGUGUCUCGGCGGCAGCUGCCAGCUUCAAAUGCGAUGACUGCGGGAAGCUUCUCGCUAACGAAGACGCAAUCAUGUUUCAUGCUACGAAGACGAAGCAUGAAAAUUUCAGUGAGAGUCAAGAACAAAUCAAGCCACUCACACCGGAAGAAAAAGCUGCCAAGGUUCUGGAAAUUCGCGAGAAAAUCAAGGUUCAUCAAGCGAAAAAGGCCAAAAUUGAAGCAGAAGAAGCUCGUGAGAAAGAGCGCAAGCGCCGUGAAGAUGGAAAAGCUAUGAUCGCUCACAAGGAAGCAGCGAGAGACCGUGAGAUUCGGGAAGCGGCUCAACAACGUCGUCGAGAGAAAACAGAAGACGAAAUCGCAAGACAACGGGUUCUUGAACAAAUCAAGGCAGAUAAAGAAGCUCGUAAGGCGAAGGCAGCUGGGCAACCUGUUCCGGAGCCAAAACCAGCAGCUUCUGUUGCUCCGGUGGUCGCUGCUCCACCAAAGGACUACAAGUCUACUACUCUACAGUUCCGUCUUCUAGAUGGACAAAUAGUGCGACAACAGUUCCAAGCUGAUGAACCGCUCGCUAUGGUUCGAGCCUGGAUCGAUACUAAUCACGCUAACGGUGUAGGGUUCUCCCUAAUGACUCCAUUCCCGAGAAAGGUGUUCACGGAAGAUGACAUGGGUACUCCACUCAAGGCCUUGAAUUUGGUUCCAUCGGCCAACAUCGUCCUUAACCGCUUGGGCUGA